AUGACCAAUUCAUUCUUUCGGGCCCUCUCAACGGGCCUCCUCUCUCUCUUGGCUGCUGGAACGGUGGUCGAGGGACUGGUGAGACCCGGUGGUGUGGGCCGUCUCCCCGCCCUAGGCUGGAACUCCUGGAACGCCUUCGCCUGCGACAUCAACGCCACAAAAGUCUUGACUGCGGCGCGGCAGGUCGUGGAUUUGGGAUUGAAGGAUUUGGGAUAUGAGUAUAUUAACAUCGACGACUGCUGGUCUAUCAAAGACCAACGUGAUCCUGUCACGAAACGCAUGAUUCCUGAUCCUGCCAAGUUUCCUGAUGGCAUUGCUGGCGUGGCGAAGGAGAUUCAUCAUCUGGGGUUGAAGGUUGGGAUUUAUAGUAGCGCCGGAACACAAACCUGCGCUGGAUAUCCCGCCAGCUUGGGAUAUGAACGCAUCGACGCGCAGACCUUUGCGGAAUGGGGAAUUGAUUACCUCAAAUACGACAACUGCGGCGUCCCCUCCAACUGGACCGACACCUACACGCACUGCGUCCCCGACCUGACGAACGGCAACCACUUCCCCAACGGCACCUGUCCGGACCUCACGACGCCUGCCCCGAGCGAAUAUGACUGGCGCCAGUCGAACACGGCCCUUCGGUACCGCAUGAUGCGUGACGCCUUGCUGGCUGUCAACCGUACUAUCGCGUACUCGCUCUGCGUAUGGGGUCAAGCGGACGUGGGUGUUUGGGGGAACGAGACUGGGAAUUCAUGGAGGAUUAGUGGGGAUAUUACGCCAACAUGGACACGCAUCGCCGACCUCGCCAACCAAAACACCUUCCUCCUCAACGACGCCAACUUCUGGGGAUUCCCAGACCCGGACAUGCUUGAAAUCGGCAACGGGAAUCUGACUCUGGCUGAGAACCGAGCCCAUUUUGCUCUGUGGGCUGCUAUGAAAGCCCCCUUGAUUAUUGGGACUGCUUUGGAUAAAAUCCCCCCCACCCACCUCACCAUCCUCAAAAACAAAUACCUCAUCGACUUCAACCAAGACCCCCUGAUCGGCCGUCCCGCGUCCCCGUUCAAAUGGGGCUAUAACGCCGACUGGACGUUCGAUCCGGUUCAUCCGGCGGAGUAUUGGGCUGGGGAGUCCUCGAGUCUAGGCGGGACGUUGGUACUCAUGCUCAAUAGUGAGGAACAGGUGGGGUUGAGGGGGUUUAGGUUUGCGGAGGUACCGGAGUUGCAUUUGGGGCAGGAUGAGGGAGAGGUGGGGUUUGAGGCUGUUGAUAUUUGGUCGGGUGAGAAUUUGGGGUGUGUGAGGGGGGGGAUUAGUCGGGAGGUUGGGGCGCAUGAUGUGGUGGGGUUUGUGGUUAUGGGGAGGUGUUGA